AUUAUAUAGCCAAGAGAUUUCCUCAAUCAUUUUCCACCAAAACCCAGAUAUCGAUGUUACGUUCAGAACGGGAAACCAUGUUUCAUGAGCUUCUCCUAUGGGGAUGCCUCUCUCUAUUGGCUGUUUCGGUGAGUUGCACUCCCCCGGCGGAGCCUGUCAAAUGUUCGAAGAAUGAUUCGAAUUGCACCGUCACGAACUCUUACGGCAUGUUCCCCGACCGAGCCAUCUGCCGGGCGGGGAACGUGGCGUAUCCGACGACCGAACAAGAGCUGGUUUCGGUCAUAUCGGCCGCGACCGAAGCCAAGAGGAAAAUGAAAGUGGUGACACGUUUCUCCCACAGCAUCCCGAAGUUGGUCUGCCCCGAUGGCCAAGACGGGUUGCUUAUCAGCACCGAGCACCUUAACCGUGUAGUGCAAAUGGACGAAGCGGCAAUGACGAUGACGGUGGAGAGCGGUGUCACGUUGAGACAGUUGAUUAAUGAAGCCGCCAAUGUUGGAUUAGCAUUGCCUUAUGCGCCGUACUGGUGGGGGCUCACCAUUGGUGGGAUUUUAGGUACGGGAGCUCAUGGGAGCUCGUUGUGGGGGAAAGGGAGCGCGGUUCAUGAUUACGUGGUGGAGAUGCGAAUUGUAAGCCCUGCCGGAGCCGAUGAAGGGUAUGCUAAGGUCAGGGUGUUAAAUGAGAGGGACAAAGAUCUCGAUGCAGCUAAGGUUUCGCUUGGAGUCCUUGGGGUAAUUUCACAGGUGACUUUCAAACUUCAACCUCUUUUCAAACGAUCAAUCACAUACCUAACAAAGGGUGACAAAGAUUUGGGAGACGAAGCAGUGAGCUUCGGCAAGCUGCAUGAAUUUGCAGACAUAAGUUGGUAUCCAAGCCAACGGAAGGCCGUCUACAGAAUAGACGAUCGGGUGACGAUUAAUAAGCCCGGCAAUGGUCUCUACGAUUUUACGCCGUUUCGGUCCACUCCUUCACUUGCUUUGGCACUUACCAGAUCGAACGAGGAAACUCAGGAAUUCUUUCGAGAUGCUAAUGGGAAGUGCCUUGAUGCAAAGGUGAUCGUAGCCACACUGCAAACGGCUGCUUAUGGAUUGACAAACAACGGUUUGAUUUUUACGGGCUAUCCGGUCAUCGGAUUCCACAACCGCCUCCAGUCAUCGGGAACCUGCCUCGACAGCCUCGAAGACGAGCUGAUCACCGCGUGCGCUUGGGAUCCAAGAAUCAAGGGCGAGUUCUUCCACCAAACCACAUUCUCCGUCAGCUUAUCCGUCGUGAAAAGCUUCAUCGAAGACGUUCAGAAGCUGGUUGCAAUGGAACCUAAAUCACUCUGCGGCCUAGAACUCUACAACGGCAUCCUCAUGCGUUACGUGAAAGCCUCAACUGCUUACUUAGGCAAGCAAGAAGACGCAAUAGAUUUCGACAUCUCCUAUUACAGAAGCAAAGACCCCAUGGCCCCCAGGCUUUACCAAGACAUUUUGGAAGAGAUCGAGCAGAUGGCGUUGUUCAAAUACGGUGCGUUGCCGCACUGGGGGAAGAAUCGGAACCUGGCGUUCGACGGGGUUAUAAAGAAGUACAAGAACGGCGUAGAGUUUUUGAAGGUUAAAAAUAAGUACGAUCCGUUGGGGUUGUUUUCGAGUGAGUGGACCGACCAGGUUCUUGGGUUGAGGAAAGGGGUCACGAUGUUAAAGGAAGGAUGCGCAUUAGAAGGGCUCUGCGUUUGCUCACAGGAUGUUCACUGUGCUCCGGCCAAAGGUUAUUUGUGUGGACCUGGGAAAACUUUUAAACUGGCAAGAGUGUGUACUUUUCAACACAAUAUUCUUAUUUAA